GACAACACAAAUAAAGCGGAGCCAUGGUGGGUGUGCGUAGGUUUUUCGGUGGUUUUCGAACGCCAAGAUAUUCUUCAAUGGAAACGAGUAAAUUGAGCACAUCCUCCACCACUCCUCCACUCCUCCACCACCUGCGAAGUCAACAAAAAUAAGUUGCGAGUGCGAUACAAAGACUAUGUAAUAAUCAGAGUGUUUUUGAGUUUUAAAAGGCAUUGUGACCGUGAUUAUGAUAGUUGACCCCACAAACUAACUCCGGUAUCCACUGAGAAAACCUACCUUCCUGAACUAAUCCCGAACGAGUGCAGUUCCUUCGCGUAGGGGCCUCUUUCACGCAUGUUGAUAGUCUGCAUGAAAACACAUCAAGCGGCACGGACAAAAUUCGUGUCUCGGCUCCAGUACUCGGCUCAUGAGAAUGAGGGAAUGAGGCAAGAAACCAAAGCAACUAAGACGGGUGAUUGACGACCGCGGGCCAUGGCGGCUGCAAGGCAGGACGGCAGCCGUGACAUGCGUCUGACCGGUUCCACGGGUGAUGUGCUCGCUGCAUCCACCUCGGCUGCCCCAGAGGAAAUCCUGCCUACUUUAGCGGAUGGAGGCAUCUACUCUAACGACUGCAACCAGGCGUUCUCCUCCAGGCUUCACUGGGAUAACACUUUCACGGUGAAAAAAGAGCCAAUCGAGUCCCCACCUCUCUGGACCGUCGAGGGCCAUGGUCCCAGAGCCCCCGACUGCAUGUCCUCGUUGAAAGGGCUAACGGAGGGACGCUGGCGGAAUAGCUUUCUGCACGAGACCGAAGUUCCCGGGCCGUGCCUUUCAACAAUGCCGGAGGAGAUACUGCCCACUCCGACGGGUAGAAGCGUCUGCUCGAAGGACCAAGGCACCCUCUCCACCUCCCAGAAGCACCUGGAAGGACACUGGAGCGCCGAUUUUGUGGUGAAAGAAGGUUGUAAAGCCACAGAAGAGAUUUCGGCCGAUGUGACUUGCCUAGAGGUGGCCACAAACCCUCUAUACUGUAACUAA